AUGCCUUCGGCCCAGAUGUUUGUCCGCCGCUGUCGUCGAACAUGCAAGAGAGCCCGGUCGGCCCUUCUCAAGACCACAUCCAGGUAUCGACGACAAGCGGAUGGCCACCGGACCCCGGGUCCCCAGUAUCGGGCAGAAGAUCAGCUGUUUCCAUCAUCACUCUCUCAUGUUAGAAGGUCUGAUAUCAAGCGAAGGGGCAUGUACAGGAAGGCCCCCAAGCCCCCCAUCGAUGAAGUUGUGUCAUGGCGACAAUCCCUGAAAAAACUCCAGGAGUCUAAAACAGGGCAGCUGGCCUUCAGAGAGUUCCUGAGGACAGAGUACAGCGAGGAGAACAUCUUGUUCUGGCUGGCCUGUGAGGAGUACAAGACCAUCACCACCAGCAAUGAGAUAGCUAUAGCAGCCAAAAGGAUCUACACAGAGUUUGUACAGGUCGACGCUCCCAGACAGAUAAACAUCGACUGUGGGACCAGGCAGGAGAUUACAAACAGCAUGUCUCAGCCGACCCUGAGCUGCUUCGACAAGGCACAGAGACUGAUAUACAAGCUGAUGAAAAAGGACUGUUAUCCCAGAUUCCUGAAAUCUGAAAUCUAUCAAGGUCUUUUAGAACCAUCAGAAGCCAGCUGA